CUGGUUUAAAAUUUUUCCUCUCUUUCAUACGAGAAAAAUCCCUAAUUCCCAUUCUGAUUUCAGUUGCAGCUUUGAAGUGCUUAUAAGAGAUCAAAAUGGGUGAGACGGGUGGUACUGUGAAGGAGAAGAAAUUAGUUUUUGUGACGGUCGGGACAACUUGCUUUGAUGCUCUAGUAAGAGCUGUGGACACUCCAGAAGUUAAGAAUGAAUUGUUCAGGAAAGGCUACACCAAUAUUCUGAUCCAAAUUGGUCGUGGAUCAUACAUCCCCACCAAGUCGACCGUGGAAAAUGGGUCUGCAGUUCUGGAGUAUUUUACAUUUUCAUCAAGCAUAGCUGACUACUUGAAGGAAGCUUCGCUUGUUAUUAGUCAUGCAGGUUCAGGGAGCAUAUUUGAGACAUUGCGACUGGGCAAACCAUUGAUAGUUGUAGUCAACGAGGACCUAAUGGACAACCAUCAAAGUGAACUAGCAGAGGAACUGGCCGAGAGAAAGCAUUUGUUCUGUGCUCGUCCCCAAACUCUAUAUCAGACUAUCGUGGACAUGGAUACAGGAUCUCUCAUCCCAUACCAACCAGGUGAUGCAGAACCAGUUGCUAAACUUAUCAACAGAUGUCUAGGUUUCCCUGAUGAAUAACGGACCUUUGUCGAAUGACAAAUCAAUGUCUCAUAAGAGAAUUUCGAAAUGAUGUUAUGUUCUUGAGACCAUCAGGACGGGAUAUAGUAGACGAGCAUAGGCUGAUGAUGCUGUUCAAGGUGUUAAAGUAUUAGUCUAGAGGACAGCAACUCAUCAUCGACUGAUCGAUGGCUGUCCCACGACAAAUCUCAACGCAAUUAAACUCUUCUCCAAAUGGCUGUAUGAUGGUUGUCACAACGACUUGAGACCUCUAUGUUCUGUUUUUCUCUUUGUCCAAAAUUAAGUUAAAUGAAGAAAUGUGACUCUUUUACAGUACACAAAGCUAUGAACCAUUCUGGCAUGUUGAAACCAAUUGAUGUGUAGUUUAAUUCGUUAUAGUACCUUUUUUUUAAGGUUAUCAUUCA